AUGAAGGCCGUGAUACAGCGGGUGCUGUCAGCAUCCGUAACAGUAGACAAAGAGGUAGUCUCGUCCAUUGGAAAAGGCAUCCUUGUCUUCGCCGCCGUUGGCGUAGGCGACACGGAGAAGGAGGCAGACUACCUCGCGAACAAGGUGCUGAGGUUGAAGUUUUGGGAUGGAGAUAACGGCGCCACGUGGAGGAAGAACGUCACCGAUAUUGAAGGGGAGAUACUAUGCGUCUCCCAGUUUACGUUGCUAGCCAAGACGUCCAAGGGUAACAAGCCCGACUUCCACCUUGCUGCUCCGGGAGAAGAUGCCAGGCGGCUGUACCACUACUUCCUGGAGAAGGUCAAGGCCGGCUACGUCGCGGAGCGGGUCAAGGACGGCAAGUUCCAGGCCAUGAUGGAGGUAGCCUUGGUUAAUGACGGUCCGGUCACGUUAGAGGUGGUGGCUCAGCCCAAGGGACUCGAGGAGCCGCAGUAA